CAAAAACUGUCAGAGUUCUUUCCCAAAUUAAAAGAGGCUGGAGGAUUUCAACUGCUAAGAUCUGCAGUUGGGUCCAGAAAUUUGCUAGAAGUGAUCCGUUUGCCACCAGAAGGCUACACAACACAGUAUUUAGCUGACAGAUGUGGCCUUGGACAGGCCAUUAUAUAUGUCCGACCAUUACAGACAUGUCUGUCUGUAAGUCCUGUGAAAAGUCAGAGUGGAACGGAAGUUUUUCAUGAGAAGUGCCUGAAGUGUGGAAAUGAAGCAUAUAGAAGUCUGCGGAAAUUCUGAUUUGAAGAGAUGUUUGUUCCUGUCCAGUUUGUGGAAUGUCUGUUCCAGCAGUUGAUAUUGAGCUCCAUGCAGAUCAGUGUUGUGAAAAUGAUCAACUCGAAGGCUUUAAGACAGGGCCCGUAAAACACAAGUCUCUAGAGGAGACGGUUACAGAGAUUCGGGGUAAGCUGAAAAAUAAAAAAUGGACACUGUCUAUAAGGCGCACCAAAAUCAUAGAAACAACAAUGGAAAUGAUGGCAGAUGCAGAUGAACAGGAUUUGGCGUCAGAGCUUAUGGUCAAGUUCAUAGGGGAAGAAGGGGUGGAUGCUGGUGGUCUUCGAAGAGAGCUCUUUAGUCUUGUGUUUGAAAAAACUCCUCUCUUAGACAGAAAUACAUUUUCCAAUGAAGCAUGUUCACUUCAACAUGGAGAAUAUAUUAUUCUUGGAAAGCUUGUGUCUUUAACAUUUAUCUAUGGGCACCCUGGAUUAAAGACAUUGCAUCAAACUAUCAUAAAAUACAUAUUGAAUGAAAAAACGCCAACUACAGAAAUCCCUUUAGCAGAUGUUCAGAAUGCCACUGUACUGAGGGCUAUAGAUACAAUCCAGAAAGCAUCAUCUAAGGAGGAGUAUAUGGAGGCAGCCAUAGAAACAAGUGAUUUGUUAGAAAGAUCAGGCUUCAACAAACCUCAUACACAAGAUUCCUCUCAAUCAGCAGUCUACACAGUUAAAGAGUACCACAUUUUCUACAGGUGCUUUGGCCAUAUCAGACAGUUCAUGGAUGGGCUGAAACUGCAUGGAGUUCUGGAUAUAAUGAUACUUCAUCACCAGGAGGCAACACAGUUUCUGGGCGAAGCUACAGCUUUAACUGCAGAAGUGGUGAAUAACUUUUACAGUUUCAGCUUUUCUGACAAAGGGGAUCCAAACUGGGAAACGGAAGAGGCAAUUGAAUACAACUUUCGCUGUUUCAUAUGUCAAGUUAAGAAAGGCCGGAUCAGCUCAACUGUAAUAAACAUUUCCACAGAAACUGCUGAGGAAGACAGCAUUCAAGUUACCCUUGAGCUGGUGUUGCAAGCCUUUGUUGGUUGUCAAGGAUUACCAAAAGACAUUCCAUCUGGACUAAUAGAGUUCAAUCAUAACAGUUCAGCUUUGAGCCAUGUCAACACUUGUGCCCCUAGUAUAACAUUUCAAAAUACAUCAAAACUCCUAAAAUUUGAAGAUUUUGAGCGGACAAUGCUGGAUAUCAUUUUUGGAUGUGAAGGCUUUGGCCAAAAGUAGUGAUCAACUAUUAAAGUUAAUUGUUACUGAACCAGAAGUAUUUUUAUGUUAUCGAAGUAAGAGCAUUUAGUCUCCGCUUCGUCUGUCUGUCCUU